GUUAAAAGCUUGCGGAUUCGAUUAACGAUGUGCAGCAACUGGCAAUCAGUUUUGAUUUUGGCUUGCUUAAGUCAGUUGGGGGCAACCCAGGACCCUCUAAUUUUUCAAACAUUAGGAAACCCAUUGGCUAGCGCUGAGACAACGACACCAGGGCUGUUCUCCUCCACAACCUCUAACUUGGUACUGGUCAACAAUGUUAGAAUACCCGGAGCAAUCACUCCAUUCGUACCAGCUCCGCCUCCGACACAGGAAUUUCUGAACUGCUUUGGUAGCUGCCCCACUACUUCGCAGUAUAAUCCCAUUUGCGGGAGUAAUAUGCAGCUCUAUCUAAACGAGCAGAAAUUUAACUGCGCUCGUUUUUGUGGUGCUGACAUACAAAUAGUUCGACGAGGCAGUUGCGAAGGUCUAUUUGCGAUGACUCGCGGCUGAGAUAGACAUAACAUAUAUACUUGCCAGAGAUGAUUUCGUCAAACCAGCAUUUUAAUUUGGUGUUCCCAGUCCAUGGAAAUUGAUAAGAGCAAAGAGAGAUGACGAACUGUAAAUAGACGUUAUAUUAAUAUUAUUACUAACACAAAGAUGUACAACUAUAUAUACGUUUACUUCUGAAAAA